AUGCGUGAGGAGGUAGGGUUACUAGAGAGUGGUUGGGAGGAGAUUAAGUUUGUGGAGAGGUGUGAGGAGGUUUUAGAAUUGGUGGACGAUGAGGUGGAGGAGGGUGAGGAGGAUGGGGAGGAUGAGGAGGAGGAGGAAAGGGAGCAGCAGCAGCGGCGGCGCCGACAGCAGCGGGAGAAGGGGCAGCCGGAGCAGCAGCAGCAGCAGCAGCAGCAGCAGCAUGGCUCUCAGGAGGAGAAGGAGAAGGAGGAAGAAGGCGGGGUUGGGAAGAAGCAGGAGCAGGCAGGGCAGGCGCGACAGAAGCAGCAGGCGCAGCAACAGAAUGUGGAAGAGAAACAGCAGCAUCAGCAUCAGAAGCAGAAGAAGCUGAAGCAGAAAGAGAAACAACAGGCCAGCACCAGCCAACAGCAUCCAACCACAGCACCUUCACCCUCCGCACUAAACGACCCAGCAGCCCAACAGCAGCAGCAGCAGCACCCAGCACGUGUACACCCCCCUGACUGGACCUCCCUUCCAGCCGAAAUCACCCUGCGGAUCUUCUCCCUCCUUGCCUUCCGCGACCUCGCUCGAGCAUCCUGCGCCUGCUCCUCCUGGUGCCACCUCUCCUUCGCGCCCUCCCUCUGGACCACCCUUGACCUCCGCUGCUACCCCCCUCUCUCCGCCGCUGCUGCGGAUUCCCUCGCUGUGAGGUGCGCAGGGGCGCUCACUCGCGUGCAUGUGAAGGGGGCGGAGUCGCUCCGAGCGGUGGCCAGGCUUGCUGCGGGGUUUGGGAGGUUUGACAGGUGUGGAGAGCUUUUGGAAGGAUCUUCCGGGGGUGCUCGUGCUGGGGUAGGGGCCGGGGCCUCUGCUGGUGGCGCUGCUGCUAGUUCAGCGGCUCCUCCUACUUUUCCUUCUCCUCCUGCUCCUCCUCCUUCUGCUGCUAUUCCUUCAGCUGGUGGCUCGGCCCAUGCCUCUCCCACAGGCUCUUCCCUCCAGCACCUCCUUGCUGACUCAUGCACCGAUCUCUCUGACGCGUCCCUCGGCCUUAUCCUCGGCCGCCAUGUGCGCCUGCGCCAGCUGUCGCUCUCCCAUUGCGAGAGGCUCUCCCCGGACGCGAUCUGCGUGCUGGCAGAGUCCUGUCCACGUUUAGAGGAUCUCCAUUUAAACGGAUUACGGAGGGUUGACCAGGCUUGCCUUGCAGCCCUGGCACGCCACUGCCCGCGGCUAUACAAUCUCUCGCUCAUUAACUGCCUCAGGUUUGAGGAUCGGGGAGGCUUGGCGCUGCUUCAGCAGGUCCGGUAUCUGUCCCUGUCAGGUUCGGACGUGUCCUGGCAUCGGGCAGCUUCGGACGCGUCUUGGCAUCGGGCAGCUUCGGACGUGGCUCGGCUGCCGAACAUGCGAGCCGUGGACGUGUCACGUUCGGACAUCUCACCCGAAGCUGUCAACUUAAUUCUAGCAUCUCCCUCCGUCCUCGUCGUUGCUGCUUUCAGCUGUCCUGAGCUGGAAACCUUUCACGAGGCCAUCAAAAUGCCAAGCAAGCCCUGUCUUUUGCUAUUCCGGUACGGCGAUCUUCGUCUGGCUCUCCUCGCUCUUGCCCUUUCCUGCAGCGACCCAUCCUGCCUCUGGAGCUUCUACCAGCCUAAGAGACCAGCGGCACAGCCUGUGGCAGGCUCGGGAGCUGCCGAGCCUGGGGCUGAGGACGGGAAUGGGAAUGUCACUGGGGGUGGGGGGGGAGGGGGAGGAGGAGGGGGAAGGGGGAGAGGGGGAUUGGGAGGUGUUGUGGGGGGUUUAGGAGGAGAGAGGGGAGGGGGAGGAGGAGGAGGAGGAGGAGGAGGAGGAGGAGGAGGAGGAGGAGGAGGAGGAGGAGGAGGAGGAGGAGGAGGAGGUGGUGGUGGUUUAGGGAGAAGUUGGGAGGCAAGAGAGGACUUCUGGGUGACUCAGGGCAUUCCGGCAGUGCUGCUGCUGCUGCAAAGCCGGCAGCAGGAAGUGCGAGAGAGAGCAGCAGCCACUGUGGGGGUGUUUGUUGUUGCUGACUCUAUUGGGGCUGGAUUCGAGGAGGAGGAGUUGGAGGGGGUGGAGGUGGAGGUGGAGGAAGAGGAGGGAGAGGUGGGAGCGGGGCAGGGUGGGAGAGGAGCAGGGGGAAGGGUGGGGGGAGGCGGUGGGAUGGGGGCAGGGGAGUGGAGAGGAGCGGGAGGGGCCGGAGGAGGAGGAGAGGGGGGAGGGGAAGGAAGGGGAUGGGCAGGGCGAGAGGGGGACAGGUGGGAUAUGGUGAUGGGUGAGAGUGGGGGAGUGGGGGAGGGGGGAAGCAGUGGGCGGGUGAGUGCGUUUAUGCGAGGCGGUGGAGUGGAGGUGCUGGUUCACAUGGCAGGCCGGCACGGGCCUGAGGGGCCACGGUUCGAGGCGACUAAGGUGUGUGAGGAGGAUGAGGGCUUGUAUGUGGCAGUGAGGGUGGGUGUGACCGCCCUGGCGAAUCUGUCAGUGAGUGCAGACUUGGCAAGGGAGGUGGUGAGGGUGGGGGGAGUGGGCGUGCUGCUAUCUCUCCUCGCUCACGCCAACGCCUGUAUCGCCGAGGCUGCUGCAGGGGCGCUCUGGAACCUAUCAGUAGAUGAGUACAAGCCAAGGCUGCUGCAGGGGCGCUCUGGAACCUAUCAGUCGAUGAGUACAAGGUGGGUGCGUGGGUACGGACUCGUCUCAAGGGAGGUGGUGAGAGUGGGGGGAGUGGCCCGAGUGGGGUUGGCUGCUGCAGGGGCGCUCUGGAACCUAUCAGUGGAUGAAUACAAGGCAUACAUCAUGCGGGCAGGGGGCAUCGCCACACUGGUUGAUCUCAUGGCCACCUCGCCUCCUCCUGCUCUUGGCCUCCCAGGGGACUGUGUCCUCGUGAGUCCUCCUCUCUGCCUGCCCUCCUCCCCUCGUGCCUCUCUCUCUUCCCGCCCCUCCUCUCAUGCCCACCGCUCCUCCUCUUGCUCUUGGCCUCCCAGGGGACUGUGUUCCCGUUUGCCCCCUUCUGUCGUUUUGUCAAUCCCUUUCGCUCUCUCCAACCUUCCCUUUUGGCUCCCCGUCACUGCUCUCCCUUCUCCCCCCGUCCCUUUCCUCCUCCCCUCUUUCCCACCCUUCUAUGGUCACGAGCAGAUGAUAGCACUGGAUAAUGGUUGCAGCACAGCCAUAAUAGUGGCAAAUUGUUCCUCCCGUGCUACUUCCUCCCCCCCUCUCCCCCCCUCUUUCAAAUGGACAGGAGCAGGUUACAGGCGCCCUGGCGAAUCUAGCAGUGGACGACGGGUGCAGCACGGCCAUAGUGGCAAUUUGUCCUUCCCUCGUUGCUACCUCCUCCCCUCCUCCCCCAUCCUGCCUCUUGGACAGGAGCGAGUAACAGGCGCCCUGGCGAAUCUAGCAGUGGAUGACGGGUGCAGCACGGCCAUAGUGGAGCGGGGAGGGGUGGCGGCGCUGGUGCGUGUGCUGGUGGGGUGCCAGCACGACCUCGUGCUUGAACAGGCCGCCAGGGCUCUCGCUAACCUUGCUGCUCACGGCGAUUGCAACCGCAACUCUGCUGCUGUGGGGGCAGAACCCACUGCCGUCCCUGCGCUGGUGGCGCUGCUGCAAUCCCCCAAUGAAGCCUUAAGGGCUCUCGCUAACCUUGCUGCUCACGGCGAUUGCAACCGCAACUCUGCUGCUGUGGGGGCAGAACCCACUGCCGUCCCUGCGCUGGUGGCGCUGCUGCAAUCCCCCAAUGAAGCCUUAAGGCAAGAGGGAGCAGGGGCGCUCUGGAAUUUAUCAUUCCACGAGGGCAACAGGGAGGCAAUCGCAUCAGCGGGGGGCGUGGAGGCGCUGGUUCGCCUGGCCCAGGAGUCGUGCCUCCCCGGCGCAGCAGAGGACACACAGGAGCGAGCAGCCGAGCAGCAGGGUAGGGGAGUGGUAGAGGCGCUGGUUCGCCUGGCCCAGGAGUCGUGCCUCCCCGGAGCAGCAGAGGACACGCAGGAGCGAGCAGCUGGCGCCCAGUGGGGCCUCUCUGUGUCUGAAGCCAACAGUGUGGCCAUUGGUCGGGCGGGUGGGAUGGAGACUCUGCUCAGCCUGGCCCAAAGCACCACCACUGCCCACCCUACUCCAUCUUCAACAACCCCUGCUGGUGCUCCCGGUGCUGCUGGUGGCCGUGCUGGUGGUGGUUCUGCUGCUGGUCGUGCUGGUGUUUCUUCAGGUGCUGGUUCAGGUGAUCUGCCACCGCCCAUGUCGGCGGGAUUCACGCGGCACCUGGGAGCACGGCUGGCAGCAGCAGAUGAUGCUGCACUGAUGGAGUUCUCCCAGAACUGCCGCAUUCAGGAGGCGGGUCUGCUCAGAUGCAGUGCGGCCGAGAUUGCUCGCUUCGUCGCCAUGCUGCGAAGCACCUCCCCCUCGCUGCGCGCAUGUGCAGCCUUUGCUCUCCUGCAACUCACCAUGCCCGACGCCCGCCACACCACCCACCACAUCAACCUCCUCUCCGACACCGGAGCUUCACGUACAAUUCGCGCCACCGCUGCUGCUGCCACGUGCCCUCCGCUGGGCGUGCGGCUGCUGGUGGGGGACCUGGCGGACUACCGGCGGGUGUCGGCGGACGAGAUGCGCAAGAGCGUGUUCGCCAACUACACGGCGUUCAUCGGCACGUCCAAGGAGAUCGCGGAGCUGGAAGUCGAGCUGCAGCAGAUGAAGAACCUCCUGUCCGUGCAGACCGCACUCAUCCACUCCCUCGCCGCGGAUAGCAUGAACAAUGAUAACAGUAAUAGCGCUUCCGCGGGUGGGGGUGGUGGGGGUUCGACUCCUGCGUCUACCACUUCGUCGGUUACCACCGCUGGUACUUCGUCUACCUUCGCCGGUGCUUCGUCAUACGCGUCCUCGUUAGCCACCCCGCAGCAGGACGAGGAAGAGGACGAGCGGAUUUGGAGCGUGGAGGUCCCCGAGCCCACCGAGAUUGAGAAAUAUGCGGAGGCGCUCCCGGAUAUACUGGAUAUUCUUAUAGCGGAGCGGAAGGUCGACCGCGCUAUAGAGCUGCUGGAGCAAGGGCAGCAGAUUGUGCAGCUGGCGCUGGCGACAGCAGGGGACGGGGCGGGCGGGGGCGCAGGCGGGGGGAAAGGGGGCGGGGGGCACGGUGGGGGCGGGGAGGACGAGGAGAUCCUGAGCGCGGACGCGGCGAACGCGCUGGCGGCGGCGAUCGCGGAGAGGCGCGCGUGGCUGAUGGCACAGCUGGAGGAGACGGCGCAGCAGGCGGCUGUGCGCGGGCAGGAGCUGCGGCAGGCCGUGGGCGCGCUGUACCGCCUGGGGGAGACCGAGCGCGCGCACCAGCUGCUGCUGGGCGCGUACGGGGAGCGGAUUAGGAGCGGAUCCCGCCUGCUGCGCCCCCGCGGGACCAGCUUUGGCGGCGCGUACACUGCUGCCCUGGCGCAGGUGAGUGCGUGGGGAGAGGGAGCGUGGGAAGGGGGAGGCCGUGGUGGAGGGAAGGGCGUGGUGGAGGGGAGGGCGUGGUGGUGGGAACACGGGGCUGGUGUUCUCGCCCCAGACCCCAUUUCCGCUCUCCCCCAACCCCCCAAUCCCUCCCUCCCCCCACUACCCCCCCAGCUGGUGUUUUCGGCCAUCUCCCAGGCGGCCACUGACUCGGCGCGCAUAUUCGCGUCGGACCCAGCAUGCGCGGCGGACCUGCUGCUGUGGGCGCAGAGGGAGACGGAGUUCUGUGUGUCGCUGCUCAAGCGCCACGUGCUCUCGUCUGCUGCUGCUGCCGGCGGGCUGCAUGCCGCUGCUGAAUGCGUGCGCAUCGCUCUUGGUCACUGCAGGUGGGUGGCAGGUUAUUGGAGGAGCAGGGGCCAACGCUCUCUCUCCCCAGUGCUCUCCAAGCUGGUGCGCCCCAGUGUGGGGGUGGCCCUCGAGUUCAACAUCAUCCGCAUAGAGGACCUUGUCGCUACCAUGGUGGCCGUGGACGAUUGGGUGCUGUCCCCCAUGCUACCGGAAGAGCAAGGACUUACACUCUCCCCUGUGCUGUCAAAACUCGUCCGACCAAGUGUGGAGGAGGCGUUGGAGUUCAACAUCAUCCGCAUAGAGGACUCGGUGGCCACCAUGGUGGCUGUGGAUGACUGGGUGCUGCUGCCCCCCAUACCACUAUUGGAAGAGCAGGGUCUGACCCUGUCUCCAGUGCUCUCCAAGCUGGUGCGCCCCAGUGUGGAGGAGGCGUUGGAGUUCAACAUCAUCCGCAUAGAGGACUCGGUGGCCACCAUGGUGGCCGUGGACGACUGGGUGCUGCUGCCUCUGCCCCACGGCGCUGCUGCCACGGGCAGGGUGCGAGCGCUGCAGCAGACGCUGGGGCCGGGGUUGAUGCACCUGAGGCUGUCCAGCAGCGGCCAGAGGUUCUACCUGUUGCUCGUGGUGAGUGCUGGGGACGUGGCUGCUGCCGCUGGCAGGGUGCGCGCGCUGCAGCAGACGCUAGGCCAGCCCCUUUACCUCUUGCGCGUAGUGAGUGGUGGUGGGUGGGUACGGAGGGACCUAGUGAAGGAUAUCCUACCAGUGAUCAGCCUGCAGCUGUUUGGCCGCAUCCUGGACCGCCUGGCGUCCCUCUUCGAGUCCUACGAUCUGGUGGAGGACAUAUUACCAGUGAUCAGCCUGCAGCUGUUUGGUCGCAUUCUCGACCGCCUGGCAUCCCUCUUCGAGUCCUACGUCGCCCUCCUGCAAAAGGCCCUCCCCUCGCCCUCCGACGACGAUGAGGAGGAGGACGAGGGGAACGGGGGGGAAGGAGGCAAGGGCGGGGAGAAGGGAGGGGAGAAGGAGAACGGGGAGGAGCCGUGGCAGGACGGCAGUGUGCGGACGGCGGAGGACGAGCAGCAGCAGCUGGCGCUGCUGGGGAAUGCGUCGGCUCUCGCGGAUGAUCUGCUGCCGAGGCUGGCUCAGCGGCUCACGCUGGCUGCUGGGGAGGAAGGCGGCGGGGGCGGGGGGCGAGGGGGGAGGAAGCAGGGCGGGGCGGAUCCAGACAGGAGGCUGUCUGCUGGCGGACGCAACGCGGCGGAGCACAAGGAGUGGCGGAGGCGGCUACAGAAGGCGGUGGACAAGCUGAGGGACGUGCUUUGCUCGUGCCUCGUGGCGGAGUUCAUGUACGGCCACGACGGCCAGCCCAUCCUCACCGCGCACCAGUACCUGCACAUGGACGCCAAGAUGCGCCCCACCCAGUGGGCCCUCAAGCCCCUGCCCUCGCCUCCCUUCCAGGCGCUGUACAUGGCACUGCACUCCAUCCAUUCCACCGCCACGUACGUGCUGGGAGGGCGCGACCGCGUGGUCACUCUGCUACUCAUGCGCCUCGCAGAGUGGCUGAUGAUGGGCCUCAUGGUCUACAGCUCCUUCUGGGACGAGCUGGAGAACGCUGAAUACGCUCUCGGCCCCACGGGCCUGCAGCAGCUGGUGUUUGACAUGUAUUUCGUGAUGCAGGUGGCCAAGGCAGGCAAGUACUCCUCCCGGGCCAUGCGCAAGGUGGCAGAGGACAGCGCCACCAAGGCCAUUGUAUUGUUCACAGAUCAAACGGGAGGGGAUCCCAACAGUCUCCUGCAGGAGGACUGGUGGUACGAGCACAAGUGUGUGGAGGCAAUAGAGGAGCUUGCAGCAGCAGCCAGCCCAGCAGCGUCCCCGUCAGACUCGCCCAGCCGCCACCGCCGCUCCUUCUCCCAAGAGGACCCUGACGACCCACUCGCCGCCGCCUCCUCUGCCGCUCCUGUUGCUGCCAGUCCUGCUGCUCCUGCUGGUGCUGGUGCUGCUGGUGGUUCUACAACUGCUGCUGCCUUGUCUCCAACAAUACCAGCUCUGCAGCAGCAGGGGGAUGCGGGGUUAUCCCAACAGCAGCAGGGUCCGGGGAGAAGUGGGUUGGAUGAGGAGAGGAGAUCAGCAGCAAAGGGACAGUAUGAUAUGUAUGAUGAUGAUGGGGGGGGUAGGAGUGCAAGACCAGGGGGGAGGGGAGCUGCGAGUCGGAGCCCUACGAGUGAAUCAGCAGGAAGGGGGGCGCGGAACAGAGGGUUUUCAGAUGAUGAUUAUGGGAGUGGUGGCGGCAGGAGUGAGUAUUCGAGCCGAGAUAGGGGGGAUGGGAGGGAGUACGGGAGGGAUUAUGGGAGGGAGAGGGAUAGUGGCGGGAGCAGGGAAUAUGGGAGGGAGAGGGAUGGUGCAGGCGGGUGGGAGUAUGGGAGGGAUGGCGGAGGGAGGGAUUAUAGGGAGAGUGGUGGGAGAGAUUAUGGGAGGGAGAGAGAUGGAUCGUAUCGAGACAGGGAUGUAUCGUAUAGGGAGAGAGAUAGGGAUGGGUAUGGGCGGGAUGAGAGAGGUUACGGGGGACGACAACCGCAGAGGCGAGGAGGGUAUUGA